UUGAAAUAGUUUGGUUGAUUGAUUGAUGAUCACGUGAUUUCAAUGUGAAUUUUUUUUUUGAUUUUCAAAUUUUUUUAAAUUCUCGAAAAAUGUUAUUCAAUACAAAACCAAUUCUUGUGAAUAAAGCUGAAUCUGAAUUCACUAGGCCAGGACGUUCAUUCGGUAAUUGUUUACGUGGUUGUCAAUGGGCACCUGAUGGAUCAUGUAUAUGUACAAAUAGUGAUGAUCAUUGUAUUCGAAUUUUUAAUUUACCGGAAAAAUUUCUGCAUGAUAAUAAUCUGGAUAUUGUGGAUGAUACCAAAGAACCAGAAGAAUUGCAUUCAGUACUUGAACUAAAAGAAUCACAAAUAAUUUAUGAUUAUUGUUGGUAUCCUUAUAUGAAUUCAUUAGAUUAUUCUACUUGUUUCUUACUUUGUUGUAGUCGUGAUGUACCGAUACAUUUAUGGGAUGCAUAUACGGGCCGUAUAUUUUCAUCAUUUUUAGCCGAAAAUAAUGUCAAUGAAUUAGUAUCGGCACGUUCGAUUCGUUUUAUGGAAUGUGGUAGAAAAAUUCUGGCUGGUUAUGAAAAAUUUCUUUGCAUAUUUGAUCUAUCAAGACCGGGUAAAUAUGCCGAUUAUUUAUAUGACAUUCCAAAAGGAAUUAUUUCAUGUUUAUCAACAUGUAAUAAUGAUAAUCAAUUAUUUGCAACCGGAUCAUUUAAUCGUUUAAUUGGUUUAUAUGAUUCCAAAACAAUGGAAAAUAUUGCAACCAUAAAAGGACAUUAUGGUGGUAUAACACAUUUACAUUUAUCAUCCGAUAAUAUUAGACUUUAUAGUGGUGCUCGAAAGGAUAAUGAAAUACUUUGCUGGGAUCUACGUAAUUAUGGUGAAAUUCUGCAUAUUAUUCAACGAAAUUGUCCAACAAAUCAACGUAUCUAUUUUGAUUUAAAUGGACCAAAUGAUGAAAAUAUUUUAGCUACUGGUGAUAAUCAAAUGGUUCGAUUUUAUAAUUUGAAAUUCAACGAACAACAACAACAACCGACAAUGGAUGAUAAAAUAUUGAAAUCAUUUAAUGAAUUUCAUUCACAUAAUAAUCGUGUUAAUGGUAUUAGUUUUCAUCCAUCAUUACCAUUAUUGGCAACAACAUCCGGUGAAAGAUGUUUAAUCGAUUUCAAAAAUAAUGAUGAUAAUGACGAUGAUGAUGAUAUCAUUUAUGAUUAUAAAAAAAUCUAUACACAAGAUAAUAAUAUGAAAUUUUGGUGGUUCAAAGAUGAAGAUCAUCAUUCAAUCAAUCAAGAUGAUCAACCUCGAACUGAUGAUGAUGAUGAUGAUGAUGAUAAUGUUAAAAUAGAACAAAAAUAA